GUGCGGGGCCGCGGCGAGAAGGGGUCCCUGGGAGCGCUCUAUGGAGGAGGGAGUUCAGAAUGGUGUGCACCAGGAAGACCAAAACUUUGGUGUCCACCUGCGUGAUCCUGAGCGGCAUGACCAACAUCAUCUGCCUGCUCUAUGUGGGCUGGGUCACCAACUACAUCGCCAGCGUGUAUGUGAGGGGGCAGGAGCCGGCUCCCGACAAGAAGCUGGAGGAAGACAAAGGGGACACUCUGAAGAUCAUUGAGCGGCUGGACCACCUGGAGAAUGUCAUCAAACAGCACAUCCAAGAAGCUCCUGGCAAGCCUGAGGAGGCAGAGGCCGAGCCCUUCACAGAUUCCUCUCUGUUUGCACACUGGGGCCAGGAGCUGAGCCCUGAAGGCCGCCGCGUGGCCCUGAAGCAGUUCCAGUACUACGGCUACAAUGCCUACCUCAGUGACCGCCUGCCCCUCGACCGGCCCCUGCCUGAUCUCAGACCCAGUGGGUGCCGCAACCUCUCGUUUCCUGCCAGCCUGCCAGAGGUGAGCAUCGUGUUCAUCUUUGUCAAUGAGGCACUCUCAGUGCUGCUGCGCUCCAUCCACUCCGCUAUCGAGCGCACGCCUGCACACUUGCUCAAGGAGAUCAUCCUGGUGGACGACAACAGCAGUAAUGAGGAGCUGAAGGAGAGGUUGAUGGAGUAUGUGGACAAGGUGAACAGCCAAAAGCCUGGCUUCAUCAAAGUUGUACGCCACAGCAAGCAGGAAGGCCUCAUCCGUGCCAGGGUCAGCGGCUGGAGGGUAGCCACCGCCCCUGUGGUGGCCCUCUUCGAUGCCCAUGUGGAGUUUAAUGUGGGCUGGGCUGAACCUGUGCUCACCCGCAUAAAGGAGAACCGGAAACGGAUCAUCUCGCCAUCCUUCGAUAACAUCAAAUACGAUAACUUUGAGAUCGAGGAGUACCCGCUGGCCGCCCAAGGCUUUGACUGGGAGCUGUGGUGCCGCUACCUAAACCCCCCCAAGGCCUGGUGGAAGCUGGAGAACUCCACAGCUCCCAUCAGGAGCCCAGCCCUCAUUGGCUGCUUCAUUGUGGACCGGCAGUACUUUCAGGAAAUUGGCCUGCUGGACGAAGGCAUGGAGGUCUACGGAGGCGAGAAUGUCGAGCUCGGAAUCAGGGUGUGGCAAUGUGGUGGGAGUGUGGAGGUUUUGCCCUGUUCACGGAUUGCCCACAUCGAGCGAGCCCACAAACCCUACACAGAGGACCUCACCGCCCAUGUCCGCAGGAAUGCCCUCAGGGUAGCUGAAGUCUGGAUGGAUGAAUUUAAAAGCCAUGUCUACAUGGCAUGGAACAUACCCCAAGAGGACUCAGGGAUCGACAUCGGAGACAUCAGUGCCAGGAAGGCUCUGCGGAAGCAGCUGCAGUGCAAGACCUUCCGAUGGUACCUGGUCAGCGUGUACCCAGAGAUGAGGAUGUACUCCGACAUCAUCGCCUACGGGGUGCUGCAGAAUUCCCUGAAGACUGACUUGUGUCUUGACCAGGGCCCAGACACAGAGAAUGCUCCCAUCAUGUACAUCUGCCAUGGAAUGACGCCUCAGAACGUGUACUACACAAGCAGCCAGCAGAUACACGUGGGCAUCCUCAGCCCCACAGUGGACGACGACGACAACCGGUGCCUGGUGGACGUCAACAGCCGUCCACGGCUCAUCGAGUGCAGCUACGCCAAAGCCAAGAGGAUGAAGCUGCACUGGCAGUUCUCUCAGGGAGGCCCCAUCCAGAACCGGAAGUCCAAGCGCUGCCUGGAGCUGCAGGAGAACAGCGACCUGGAGUUUGGCUUCCAGCUGGUGCUACAGAAGUGCUCAGGCCAGCACUGGGGCAUCACCAACGUCCUGCGGAGCCUGUCGUCCUGACCCUGCCCCCUUGCUACUGUGUAGCACCUGCUGCCAUGUCCUGUC